UAGCCGCCACAGGUUGACCUGUAUUUUUGUCCCUAACAGGGUGCCCAGAUUUCUUACAGUCCCUGAAGUCACCAUUGUGUAGUUUGCGGGGUGGGGCUCAUUGUGUCCUCCUACGCGGAAGAAACAAGCCCCCGCAGAUUCGCCAACCAGGAGAAAGCGCGGUCUUAGGCAGAACUGCCACGCCGAUCGCCUGCAUCUGUUUUAUAUUACAUGUCUGUAGCGUUAAAUAUCCCCGUCGGAGUGUCUCGUGUGUGUGAUGUCAUUUGAGAAGUAGGAACAGGACAAUAAGUUAGCUCGCGCUGCCUGAUAUCACGGAGGAGUCCCAACAACCGCAGCUGCACGUGCUCGUUUCCCCUGAGCGGACCGAAGAGUAAAAAUAUUCGCUUCAAAUUCCUCAUUUUCUGCCGUCCUCGGCGCCUCUUCUACCUCUACGCUGACGACACUGGCAGGUGAACAGAUGGAGAAGCAGCCUUUGCCAACCGAUGAUGACACGACAGGAACCACAGAGUCGAGGAUUGACAGUUAUGCUGGUGAAGAGAACCAGCAGGGCUUGUCUGAGCCCACCGCUCGAGCAGGAUGGAACAGCAAAAUAGAGUAUUUUUUGGCUCAGGUGGGAUUCAGCGUCGGGCUUGGCAAUGUCUGGCGAUUUCCGUAUUUGUGCCAUCAAAACGGAGGAGGAGCUUUUCUCUUCCUGUACGUGCUGCUCAUGCUGGUUGUGGGCAUUCCUUUGUUCUUCCUUGAGCUUGCAGCCGGUCAGGCCAUCAGACAGGGCAGCAUCGGAGUGUGGAAGUACAUCUCCCCCAGGCUUGCAGGGAUUGGCUACUCCAGCUGUGUGGUGUGCUUCUUUGUGGCUUUGUACUACAAUGUGAUCCUUGCAUGGAGUCUUUUCUAUCUUGGGAACUCAUUCCAGCAUCCUUUACCUUGGCAGAAUUGUCCUAAAGAGGGGAACAUAACAGUAAAAGAAUGUGAGGAGAGCUCCGCCACAUCAUAUUUCUGGUACCGCAAAGCUUUGGAUAUCACAGACUCAAUUGAUGAGACAGGCUCUUUCAACCCUUACAUCGUCUGCUGUCUGCUGGCAGCCUGGACCAUUGUAUGCCUGGGAAUGUUCAAGGGUAUCAAGACCUCUGUCAAGGUGAUGUACUUCUCCUCCAUCUUCCCCUAUGUGGUGCUGUUCUGCUUCCUUGUCCGAGGACUUAUGCUGGACGGAGCCUUGGAAGGAAUCGGCUACAUGUUCUACCCCAAGCUGGAAAUCUGGGCAGACGUGCAGGUGUGGCGGCAGGCAGCAACACAGGUCUUCUUUGCCUUAGGCCUUGGCUUUGGGUCCAUUAUUGCCUACUCCUCCUACAACCCCAAGAACAACAACUGCCACCGUGAUGCCUUCACUGUGUCUUCCAUAAACUUCCUCACAUCUGUGCUGGCUACUCUUGUGGUGUUUGCUGUGCUUGGCUUCCGGGCCAAACAAAAGGUCACAGACUGUGUUGUCAGUAAUUUGAAGACAUUAUCAGACCAACUUCGAGGUGGAAAUCUGGACACGAACGUGAUCCCCAGCUUCGACUAUUCUAAUCCCAGUGCUGUGGAAGCAAAGGACUACACUGCCUGGUUUAAACAGUACGGAAAUAUGGUUCCUGGGAAUUUAACAGAGUGUGACCUGGAAAAGGAGAUGCAGACGGGUGUGGAAGGCACAGGUCUAGCUUUUAUUGCCUUCACAGAGGCCAUGUCACUCCUGCCCGGCAGCCCCUUCUGGUCAGCGCUCUUCUUUCUCAUGCUGCUCAACUUGGGACUCAGCACCAUGUUUGGCACCAUGGAGGGCAUCCUCGCUCCGCUCACGGACCGCUUCAAAUCUCUGGCCAACAACAAGACCAAACUCACAAUUUUCAGCUGCAUCAUUGGCUUUCUACUUGGUCUGCUCUUCACCCAGCGCUGUGGGAACUACUUUGUGAUGAUGUUCGAUGAUUACUCUGCCACACUGCCGCUCAUCAUUGUGGUGGUGUUUGAGACCUUUAGUGUGUCUUGGCUAUAUGGAGCCGACAGAUUCCUCGAUGACAUUGAGGAAAUGCUGGGCUGGCGUCCCAGUGUGAUUUACAAGUACCUGUGGAAAUACAUCUGUCUGCUUGCUAUGCUGGGGCUGCUGGGAGCAACUGUCAUCCGCAUGUUCAUCAAAUACCCAACAUACAUGGCAUGGAACCAUGAGACGGCUUCUGAGGAGUACCUGGAGUACCCUGGCUGGGCUCUGGCUGUUUUGUCCCUGCUGAUCAUAUUUGCCAUGAUGCCCGUCCCUGUAGCUCUGAUCCACGCUGUUCUGCGGGACAGAACGAGGCAAACCUCCAGAGACACAGAGAUUGGUCAGUACAGCAUUGUUAACACCGAGGACAAGUGUGAAACUCCUAUGACAGACAUGUCAGAACUGGACCAAAUGAGCGGAACUGCUGCUUCCAAUUCCUAAACAUGGGACACGUUACACAGUCAGGAAUGACUGGCAGUAAGCAGUCAAAUUUCCAGCUCAAUUCAUUAUGUGUAGCUGUGGCACAGAGAGCAAAAUAUGUGAUAAAAGAUACCUUAUUUUAAUAUUUAAAAACUUUCCCACUUUUUUAUUUUAACAUAAAUUAAGUCCAAACAUAUCCAUGGGAUAGUCCUUUUUAUUGUGAUAAGGAAUAAGUGAAGAUAUGUAACAAAUAACUUAUUUCUGUAUGGUAACUACUAGGUAGACUUUUCAACCACUGGUGAUUGUUAGUCGUUUUCCAAGUGAAUAUAAACAAUAUUUCACAGUUUUUGAUAUAAGCCAUCACAUAUAUUAUUCCUACAUUUUGUUUUUGUUUUGUCUGAAAAAGUCACCUGUCCAUUUUUUGGUGAAAUGUUUAUAUCACACGUUAAGAAAAGCACUCUGAUGUGAGAUGCAUCUCAUCAUGUCCUUAAUCCAAACAUGCCAUUUUGACAAUGAAUGUUGCAAAAAUGGUCAGUUUUACUAAACUAGCAACCUUUGACUCCUUGUUUUCUUGAGGACUGAACAGCUCAUCACUGUUUUAAGUCUCUCAUGCAUGAAUUUAAAGCUCUUUUUCAACUCUUGUUUUUUUUACAGCACAGUAAAUGGGACGGUUGUUAUAACAAUUAUUUUCUCUUCAUGAGUUGAUUUACAACAAUAGGCUAAGCCUGAAACCAGAAUGUCGGUGUGAGACUGUUACACCAGCUAUCCUUAAACUAGGUACAACUAUUGUGUACAGUGUUAAUGCAAACCCUACACAGAAGCCAUCCAUGUUUACAGUUCAACAAACACCUGAGUCUCUGUGGUUCUUCAGUUUGAUAUUACACUGUAUGUUUGCAGGUGUAUUGUGUAGCUACACAAUUUAUUUUAUAGGUAAGUUACCUUUUCUGUGCAAACCAACCUGAAACCCAACAGCUGAUACAACAGCUGUAAUUGAGAAUACAGCUUUUGGUUUUGUCUUGAGGUGAUUUUCACUUCGCUGUUCUUUUUAUGUCAAAAGAUAUCAAGUUCCAUCAACCAUGUUGAUUUCAGUGAUGUCGGACAUUAGCUACAAAAGGUGGGGGGAGGGAAGAUCCUCCCUCCUUCCUCCUUCCUCCUUCCUCCUUCCUUUCUUCCUCCUUCCUCCUUCCUCCAGUAUUGUGGAGCUCACAGGCACAUGGACUGUUGACAGCCUGCUGUCUGAUUUCACUGAGCUGGUUUAUAAAGUGACAACAUGGUACAAAUAUUAAGGUUCAGUCCUAUUUUAAUGUAAAUAUGUAUAUAGCACAAGCAAAAACGAAAAGAAAAGCUCAAACACAUGUAAUUGAAAAUUUGCAUGACGGUUUUUUUUUUAAUAAGCUUUGGUUUAAGAGGAGAUUGGCAGAAUGUUUGUUUUAACAGCCAAUGUACACGCAAAGUACUUUUUCACUUGAGAUUUUAUGUGGAUGUAAAUUAUUUUGUAAAUUCUUUUUAAGACUUAAUUGCUUUUUCACUAUUGUCUCUUGUCGUAGCCUUUUUCUCUGAAAUUAAGAAUGUAGUUUUUUACAUUUUCAGUGGGUUACUGUCACGAAUGAAUCAGCCUCAAAAGCUGUUAAAUGUAUUUACCAAAACUAAGUGCCUUCAGAUGUAAAGAGGCUGACUGAACAAAAUGUUAAAAGCAUUUCAGCAUACUAUGUAUUGUUUUAAAGACUUUUUUCUUUGGGCAGAUUCACUUUUUUUAAUAGUGUAUGUAGUCUCUAUGUAUAUAAUUUUUUUUUAAGAAAAUGUAAUAUAAUGUCAUCACAAUGUAAUAUAUUUUUGCAGUUCAACAACCCAUUUAAAAUGCAUCUUAAGCCUGCAGGCUAAACUUUUUUUCGUCGUUAUUCCCUUUUCUAUAUUUACACGUUUUCAAGAGUGAUUUUGAGGACGUUUGUCUGUUUUUCAAAAAGGGCUCUAACUCUGACUUCAAAAUGUUAUUUUGAAAACAUGAUUUAGUUGUACAAAGGAAAUACUUGAUUAAAACUCAGUGCUGAUGAACUCAA